CAGUCCAGUUUGUUGUUGUUGCUGCUGGUAGCCGGGAGCUGAGUGAAAAUGGCCGCUAUGCGGAGCCAAGGCUGAGGAGUGGGGGAGGAUAUUUAUUUAAUUUCUUCUCCUUGUUUACGUUACCAGGGUCACGAUGGAGGCGGGACGGUUUGCAGAGGGGCUUGUCGAAGGGAAAGAAAUUCGUAUAAUCGGGUCGGAGCUCGUGGAAAAUUACACGGUAUAUAUCAUAGAAGUGAAAGUUGGGAAUCAUCAAUGGACAGUUAAACACCGCUACAAUGAUUUUCAUGAGCUUCAUGAAAAGCUGACUGCGGAAAAGAAGAUUGACAAAAACCUCCUUCCACCAAAGAAGAUCAUUGGCAAAAAAUCCAAAACAUUUGUAGAAAAAAGGCAGAAAGAAUUAGAAGUCUAUUUGCAAAUGCUUAUAGCAAAGUUCCCAUUUGCUGCACCAAAAGUCUUAUCAUUCUUUCUGAAUUUUCAUCUAUAUGAGAUAAAUGGCAUUACGGCUGCCCUUGCUGAACAACUGUUUCACAAAGGUGAACAGUUGCUCUUGGUAGGUGAAGCUUUUUGUCUUCGACCACUACAAUUGUAUGCGAUCACUCAACAGCUAAGACUAGCCAGUCCCACCUGUGCCAAUGGUGAUGCCAAGACUGACCUUGGACACAUCCUGGAUUUUGCAUGUAGACUUAAGUAUUUAAAGAUAACAGGCACCAGAGGAUCUGUUGGGAGCAGUAACAUUGAAGAACAUCUCCUUAAAUUCAAUCUAUCAAUUUUCAAGUCUGUCCAUCAAAUUGAGAUAAAUAACUGUGAAGCUAAACAAAUUAUUGGACUUCCUUCACUGAAGAACUCACUAGCAACAAUGAGUGUGGCUUUUACCACUGCUUCAAUGAAAGAUAUGCUUGUACCAGAGGCUUCUGAAUUUGAACAGUGGGAAGUGGAGGGGGUGGCUUCUGAGCAUCCAGUUGCUGCUGUGGUCCCAAGAUGGAAUAUGCUGACCACACUUGAUAUGAGUCGUAACCAGAUAUCAAAUAUUGACGAAUCUGUGAAAUUAAUUCCGAAAGUAGAAUUUCUAGAUCUCAGUUACAAUGAAAUAACAGUAAUGGAAAAUCUACAGCAUCUCUAUAAUCUCAUUCAUUUGGAUUUGUCAUUCAACAAGAUCACACUAUUGCAAGGUGUUCACACAAAACUUGGAAACAUCAAAACUUUAAAUUUGUCUGGAAACCAAUUGGAAAGCCUGUUGGGUCUUAACAAACUGUACUCACUAGUUAACUUAGAUCUCAGCAAUAAUAAAGUAUUGCAGAUAGAAGAAAUCAGAAACAUUGGGAAUUUGCCAUGCCUUGAGAAGGUCUGUCUGGAAAACAACCCCUUGAGCAUUAUUCCUGAUUAUAGAACAAAGGUGCUUGCACAGUUUGGAGAUCGAGCCUCAGAGGUUUGUUUGGAUAAUACUGUUACAACGGAAAAGGAACUCGAUACAGUUGAGGUGCUAAAGGCAAUUCAGAAGGCAAAAGAAGCAAAAGAUCGAAUGAAUAAUACAGAUAAAAAGAUCAGUGAGGAAUCGAGACUCGCUGCUCCAGGGUCCAAUCCCAGCUGCUUUUCUAAUGCUGCUUGUCCUUCCUCUCCUCUGCUACACCAUGCUGCCAGCUCCAGCCAAGAAAUAGAUACUAAAUCGGCCCUAAUCAGCAAUCUACAUCAAAAUGACAGUUUGACUCCUAUGACUUCUACAAUUACCCAGGGAUGCUGUGACAUAGCAAGUGUGAAUGAUACCAUGAGUAAGGAGAUGAAGUAUGAGAAGGAAUCAUUUGAAGAGUGUCCUAUGUGUCCACAUAUGAGGUUUGAUCCUGCAAGUGAAAUUGCCCAAGCUGAUCUGCUGAAGUCACUAAACGAUUCCACAAUGACACUUGUGCUCCCUUUCUCCUGCGUUUCGUAUACUACCAGUAAUUAUGACUUUGCUGCACAUCUGUCUGGAAUGAUUAACCAAGCUGCAUUGAAGCUACAUAGCAAUAAAGCGCUAAUUAAUUGCCAAGGAAAACCUGCUGACCAUUCUGCAAUCUUCCGUUCUGAAGCUGGCUAUUUUGAAAUGGGACUAGAUCAAGGUGACACUAAUUUUGAAUGUAACUCAGGCAAUGAUCUGGCUAAUGUUUCUGCUGAUAGCGAAGCUGAGAUCAGUAAGGUGUUAAAAGUACUAUGGACACUUUGUAUUCAGGUAGAUAAGGGAUUAAGAUUGUAUGCAUCUUGCAUUGUGUUAACUGACAGUAUUGUAGCUGUACUUCAGAUUCCCCAACAUGAAUUCUUGGGGAAUAUGCAAAGUGCUUUAUCUCAAAUGCAAAUGGUAUCCUGUUUUCCCUUAUCAGAAAUUUUGGAAAUAGACUUUGAAGUGCCAGAAAUGUGUCUUUUACUGAAGAUGAAGUCCCAUGGUUGUUUCUUUUUCAUCUCUGAUUCCCAGAAUCUCAAAGAUUUCUACAUGUAUUUAAAAACUGUUCUGUAUCAACAAUCAGAAUCUAUUUCAAAGUUGCCUAUGCUUGAGUAUGAGGGACCGCUUCUAAAAGACUUCAUUCUUCAGCUUCUGCAACGUCAGCAGUUUUCAUUGAAUGAUACUGAAAUUAAAGGUAGUUUUGCUGCAUAUGUUUUGAUCAACGAUAACCUCAUACUGCAGGAUCAGUUUGAAGUGUUGAAUCCUUCUCUUCCACGUAUGGACGUGGUCAGUUGCACUAAGCCGAAGUCUAAGAACUCUCUGUAUUCUGAAAUCUGUUCACUAAUUCUUCCAGGGAAAGAAGAGAGUCUCAAGCCUCUGUACAUACCGUGUCUGCUGUUUUUGACAGCUCAGAAUCUUUAUUUUGUAAGGAUAGAUUUUUGUGUAGCAGCUGAAAGGAAUCCUGAUUCUGAAAAGGAGGUUGUAAGAUGGCCAUUUAAAUUGAACAGAGUUCCACUGGCUACAUUGCUUUUAAAUCAAAAACAGAGAUCCCAUGCUGUUGAAACGGUUGCAUUUUCGGAUGGCCAUGUGCUUGAAUUCUUGAUUGGAUACCAACUUGCAACUGCAGUUUUUGUGCUGCCUCAUGAGAAAUUCCACUUCUUGCGACUGUUCAGUCAACUGAGAGCAAGCCUUCAGGGUGUCAAGUCGAUCGUGAUACAUAGAGCUUCUCUAGAUCACAGCUGCUUGGAAAAACGUUCUGCAGAUACUAUGAGUCAAUCUCCAGAAACCAAAAGCAACCAAACAAACAUCAGGUCAGAGCUGAACCUUUCUCUGCUGUAUCCUUCAGAGGCACUGCUGCAAAAACUAACUGAAGAAAACCAGUGUCCCUUUUAUCUUUCUGCUUCCCAGUCUCUCUCGCAUCUGGCAGGAUUGAAAGGAAGAGCCAUUGUGGAAUAUUUUCACAAUAGUGUAGCUGAGGUUGAGAAUGAGGAGCUGAAGCAUUUAACUUGGUCUUCGGUCGUAUUUUAUAAAUGUUCUGAGCUUGAAGUGACUGCCUGCAUAAUGCUCUCAACCAAAGCACUAUAUUUUGUGUUGGAUGAUGCCAUCGUUCAGCUUGCUGAUCAAUCUGGAUGUUGGAAUGAGCAACAAUCUUUUGACUAUGAAAAUACCUGCCUACUGCUUUCCUUCUGCUUCGUCCUAAAACUAAAUGAUCUGCAGUCUGUGCAUGUAGGCCUUUUUGAUCAGUAUUUUCGCAUCACUGGCCCAUCUGCUGAACACAUUGUUGCUUGCCUGACCAGGGACAGCUAUACCACACACAACUUUGUGCAGCAGUUAAUGGCUGUUUUAUCUUUGUUGGAACGGACACCUUCACCAGAACCGGUAGAGCUUGAUUUCUAUACAGAAUUUGGAAAGAAAAGCACAGGUCAAAUGGAAAAUUAUGAAAUUGUCCACUCCAGGGUGAAAUUCAUUUACCCAAGUGAAGAAGAAGUUGGUGACUUGACUUUUAUAGUAGCAGAAAACAUACAGGAACCAAAUAGCCUCCAGACAUCUAAUAUACUUUUGUAUGUUUUAGCAUUUCAAGUAAAGUUUCUGGAGACCCCUUCUCAUACUAGCAAAAGUUCUCUACAUCCUAAAACCUUAAUUUUGACUAGCUACGAUAUGCUUCUAUUUGAAGAAGAUUAUGUCAGUUACCCAUUGCCAGAAUUUGCAAAGGAGCCUCCACAAAGGGAUAAGUACAAAUUAACUGACGCCAGGAGGAUCCGCGAUCUUGAUCGCGUACUCAUGGGUUAUCAGACUUAUCCACAGGCCAUCACAUUUGUGUUUGAUGAUGUGCAGAACCGUGACCUCUUAAGUGACAUGAUGCUUGACCAUUUUGAACAUCCACUUAAUGCCUCUUCUGCAAAUAGAAAAUACCAGUGCAAUGCCAGCAGUGAAGUUCAGUGGUGUCUCUUUGUAGCCAGUCCUGAAAGUCGUGAGAAGCUGAUUGCAUUGCUUGCUAGACAGUGGGAGCUGCUUUGCAGUAGAGAACUGCCAGUUGAACUUACUGGUUAACCUUUUGUUGAUGCCAAGUAUGACCAAUAAGCUAUAAACUAAAUUGUACUGAUGAUUAACAAUUAUUUGUACAGCCCUCUUGGGGAUUGUAAAUAUCAUGGGAGUCAGACUAGUUUUGUUUUUGAUGUUUAGGGCUUUUAAAGUUUAUCUUUUACAAAUUCAGUGUAAACAAGUUGUACACACUUAUGCAUCCUGCUUUUGUGCAAUAUAAACUGAACAUAGAGGUCACUUAUAUGUUAUGCUUGUACGUUUUUGAAAUAUUAAGUGCAAUGUUUAUCUAAUGGACAAUUUUGUGUAGCAUGCUGCUAUAAUGAAUUUGAAAUAAAGUUAUUGGUCCUGGAUUUUUUUAAAAAA